AUGAGCGACGAAGGCAAACGCAAGCGCUGGUUCCCGCUGGAGUCUAAUCCGGACGUCAUGAACGCAUACGUGAAGAAAAUGGGCUUUCCCACGAGCCAAUUCAGCUUCUGUGAUGUGCUGAGCACGGAGGAGUGGGCGCUCGGUAUGGUGCCGACGCCUGUUGUGGCGGUUCUGAUGCUUUUCCCAAUUAAACCUCACACGGAGGAGGCCGACAAGCAGGAAGCUCUGAGAAUCGAGAAAGAGGGACAGACAGUAUCUCCCAAUGUCUACUACAUGCGUCAAACUGUUGGUAACGCGUGCGGCACAGUAGGCAUCUUGCACGCCGUUGGUAACAUGCGUCACUUCGUCCAGCUUGCUCCUGGGAGCUAUUUGGACAAGUUUUUCGAUACGACCAAGACCAAGACGCCGCAAGAAAUCGCACAGUAUCUGGAGGAAGAUGAUGAGCUGGAAAAAACUCACGAAGGUGCAGCGGAAGCUGGUCAGUCGGAGCAACUGCAAAGCGUGGACGACCCGAUCAACACGCACUUCGUGUGCUUCACCUGCGUGGACGGCACGCUGUACGAACUCGAUGGCCGGAAGAAGAGUCCUAUUAACCACGGACCCUCGAGCCAGGAUACUAUUCUACAGGAUGCUUGUAAGGUCAUCAAGAAAUUUAUGGCUCGUGAUGAGAACGAGAUGCGUUUCACUAUACUAGCGCUGGCAAAGACAGCAGCUGACUAG